AUGAGAUGUCACGCCCACCCGCUUGGCAAAGAUUUCCACAUGGAUGGCAGCCAUGACAACUCCAUUUACCGGCAGUGGAAGUUGGCGGCGCCCGGGGCCGUGUGUUCGUGGCUGGCCCGGGACGCGGAGGCGCGGUCUGGGAACGCGCAGAGCACCGGCGCGGCGCGGCCGAGUCCAGAGUCCAGAGUCCCCAGCCGGUCGCAGGCACUGAGAUGUCGCGAGCACCGAGCUGCAGCCUUGGGCCGUCCCUCGGCCCCGUGGCCGCGGCGUCCCGGCUCCUACCGCUGCUGCUGCUUCCCCCGCUCCCUGCGCCGGCCCGCCGGCGGCGCGGGCCCCUGCCGAGGUGCUCCAAUGUUACCUCAAGGAUUACAACCGGAACAAGAACUACAGUUUUGGAAUGAGGUAGAUGAUGCGUGUUCGUCCUUUCUGUCCAGUGGUGCUCCGCCUCAGGUGUCUAAUGAAAUGGAAGAGCUUUGCCUUAUGAUUAUGGGGACUCAACCAAAGACUCAGGAACAAGAUGAAAAAGAUAAUACCAAAAGGUUCUUAUUUCAUUAUUCGAAAACACAGAAGCUGGGCAAUUCAAAUGUUAUGUCUUCCGUGGUGCACCCGUUGCUGCAGCUCGUUCCUCAACUGCACGAGAGAAGGAUGAAGAGAUUCAACACGCACGAAGAAUUACGAAGUCCUCUUUUAAGUCGAAGUCAAGGAUACUUCUUAUUCAGGCCGCGCAAUGGAAGAAGGUCAUCCGGUUUUGUUUAAAAUGGAUGCCAACGAAUUCUCCCUAGAAGCUACGGAACACAAAAUGUACUGACACUUUGUUGUCUUCUCAAAAGCAACUCUUAAGUUCACUCUGCUGAAAAUCUUUGCAUUGUAAGCAUUCUCAGUAAAAGUUGGUUGAGAUUGUAAAUAUUUAAUUUGUUGGAAAUAAAUAAUGCAUCUUAAAAUA